AUGGGAGCUGGCCUGACGCUGUGCUGCUGUCGCUUCUAUCUGACACAAAGUCAUGAGGAGAAAAGUGCCAUUUUACGCAGGAGCACGCAGACUUCUAAAUCCACUACCGCAGCCUCUCAGCCUCAGGAGCUGCAGUCCAGUGAAUCCUCCGACAGUGACCCAGAGGAGGAAAGCCUCUUUGGGCCUCAGUCGCCUCAGAAGAACCCCCGGAGCCGCCCCCCGCAAGAGCAGAAGCGUCUGGGACAACGCCGCUCCAGCCAUAAAAGACAUAGAGGAGGCGCCAAGAGACGUCCGUCAGAAAGAGAGCUGCAGGCGUUUAUCAGCAUGAGAGACCAGGCAGAUAAAGCCACUGAGAACAUCUGUUUCUGGGGUCAGUCCUAG